GAGUUGUUGUGGACCAAUGGGAGAGCAGCGGUGAGGAUGCAACCGUGAUCCAGGAAAAAACAGCCCAUUGUUCCUGGGACGUCGGAGAAGUGUGACCUCCCUCCUGCCGGCUCUGCCUGCUCGGCCUAACAGCACACUGAAGGACUCAGGACUCCCAUUGACAGGUCAGAAUGAGUGGGGGAGUUAACGUGAAGUCAGCCGCCCGUGGACCUCCCUCAUCAGGAAUCCCUCUUCCCCGCAGCCUGCUGCCCUCCUCUCCCAAAGCAGAUCCCCGCCGCCGGGCCAGUGAUCUGCCCCGGCCCUCAACGCACACUCCCAAACACACACCCACGCACUCGCCUUCACUCUGCCCACGAAACUCCAGCAUCGCCGGGCCUCCCUCCAGGGAUCCGCUGAGAGAUGCCAGCUUCAAAAGUCAGCUCUUCCAGCGGACUGGAGCUCUCCCAACACCCCAGUUAUCACGCUCUGCCUAUAGCAGCCCACUGAACCAACGCAAAAUACAACCACCGAUACACUCCAAAGACACACUGGAUCUGGGAAAACCUGCAACCUCACAAUACCCAAAUGAUGGCAACUGCAACAGAAGCACUUUCACCAAUAAGAACCAAGCAUGGGGAGCCAGCAACCUGCGUCCACCGCUUCAUGUCAGGAGAGGAGACAACUCAAACACUGUUACCCAGGCAGUUAGUGAUAGAAUAGCGGGGAGAGCGGAGGAGCCUUCAGAAAACCACCAACCCCAGCCCACUGUGCUGAACAACGGUAACAUUCGGCCUGCUCUUGCUCAAUCAGGCUACGAACAUGCCAUCAGAGGUCAAAGUGACUCCACCAGCCAAUCAGAUGAGGAGAUGGGGACACCUGAAGACAACAGUCCGGCCUCCUCUCCUGAUGAUCUGCUGCUGCCUCCCAUCACCUUCACCAUGCCAGUAAUGUCCAAAACAUUUGCUGAUAAGCAGAACCUACACAAGGAGGAUGCAUCUAUGGAGACACACAUGCCCAAAGUCAACAUGGCUACCGUGGCUCCCUUCAGCUACAGGUUCCAGGCACAGGAGAGGGAUUUUUCAGUGGACGAACUCAGUGAUUGCUCUUCUGGAUCAAUAGAAGUCUGCUGUGAUGACCUAACGCCAGGAGGGAUGCUGGAGGCUAAUGUGGCUAACAUUAGCAUGACGGCUAAGCCCAGAGAGCUGGACCUCAGGUCUGCGGCUGUCUCCUGCCAGGAUCCUCCAGCCCAGGCCAUGGCCUCGAGGAAGCCACUGGCCAAGCCCUCUGCUCUGCCUCAGGGGCCCUCACGUCCCUCUGGGUCGGAGCUCAAGGUCUACCGGCCCACCUCUGGAUCUAUCCCCAUUCCAAUCCCCAAUCCAUCCGGGCUCCGGAAGCAGCGGUCAUUGAACAACCUGUCUGUGCUCACUGAUGCUGAGAAGAAGCUGCAUCUGUAUCAGUCUCCCCGGUGGAAUGAUGAUACAAGUCGGCCUGGCACUGGGACCAGCAAAGUGGGCCAGAGUAAGACAGGUCAAGCUGGUGGUGGGAGACCGCCACUCUCCCGGACACUUUCAAAGUCAGAACAGUCUCUGUUCCAGGGGAAGCCCAAAUCUUUCUGUUCCCCGCCUGUAACUUCUAAUGUGGGCAAGCCCAGUCGAAUCCCUGCUCCUGGUAAACCACGGGGACCUUAUGCUGAGGUCAAGCCCAUCAGCAAGGCCUCUGAGGCAGGCCAGAGUGCAGAUUCAGACCAUGCUGACCACCCAACUAAAGCUAACUCCAAUGGAGCUGGGAGUACUGGAACUAAUGGCAAGAAACCAGGAGAGAAAGUGAGAUCUGGUUCUUUGUCAACGGAGGAAAAGAAAGACAAGAAGGGGAUAGAAGGAGAAGAUGAUAAGAGCUUCCUAAAGGUGGACCCAGAGUUAGUGGUGACGGUUCUGGGAGACCUGGAACAGCUGCUCUUCAGCCAAAUGCUAGACCCAGAAUCCCAAAGGAAAAGGACCGUUCAAAAUGUUCUGGACCUUCGACAGAACCUGGAAGAAACCAUGACCAGCCUGAGAGGGGUGCAGCUUAGCCACAGCUGUGUAGAGGGGACCAUGUGCUACGACAGUGAUGAAGCUGCUGCCUUCUCUAUUUCCAGUCUGUCAAAUCGCUCCUCUCCGCUGUCCUGGCGUCAGGGUCAAGCUAGCCCCCGUCUGCAGGCCGGUGAGGCUCCGUCCACAGGCAACGCCCAGUCAGACGUUCCCCUCCGGAUCAGCCACACCUCUCGUAUCAACCUCAUCGAAGCCCUGGAUGACUCCGACCCGGCACUCCUGAAGGGAGAUUACCUCAGCGACAGCGACCUCGGCGGGAAGAGCCCCAACGAUGAUGAUGAAGAUGAUGAUGAUAUUGAUGACCUGGGGAAUGGCUGGGAUGAGAGCAGCUCCAUCAGCAGUGGACUGAGUGACGGCUCCGACAACCUGAGCUCUGAGGAGUUCAACACGAGUCCCACUCUCAACUCCCUCCCCACCACUCCCAUUGGCUCCCGCAGAAACUCAACUAUCGUGAUGCGUACCGAUGCAGAAAAGAGAUCUCUAGUGGAGAGCGGCCUGUCCUGGGAUUCUGACGACAACAACAAACCCAGCCGCAAGAGCCAAGGCAGCAGCGUCUACGAUACAGGAAGUCUGAAGUCCGAAGCCGGCAAUAAGUGGAAAAAGACGCGACCGCAAGGGGAGGGUCUGGAAGGGGGAAAGGGUGAACUGAGGAAACCACACACCUUGGGUCAAGGAAAUGUGCUGAAGAAAGGAAGAAACCCACCUGUGGGUGUCACAUCUCCAAUCACACACACCUCUCAGAGUGGGCUGAAAGUGGCAGGUACAGUAAAGUCAGAUGGGAAGCCCAUGGAUAAGUCUCGAUUAGCAGUGAAGACUUCAGGUCUUCAGCGCUCCUCUUCCGAUGCUGGAAAAGACCAUCGAAAUGGUUCCGCAACUGGCGAGCAACGAAAACCCCCAUCUGGCCUAGUCAGACCUUCAACGGGUGGAAACUUUGGUUUCAAAAAACCCACCACAGCUACCAGUAAUGGCACAAAUGCGCAUACUGUGACAAGUACAGGUGGCAGCGCUAUACCCACUGGCUCAGCAACUGUAGGGAAGAUUCCCAAAACGUCAGGUAUUCCUGUCAAGCCAGGUGCUGGUGGAGGAGGACGUAAGACAAGUCUGGAUGUUUCAAGCAGCGACCAAAGUGGUUUUCUGUCUCCAAAUGCCAGGACAUCUCUCCAGUACCGCUCUCUGCCUCGCCCAGCAAAGACAAGCACCCUAACUCUAACCCGGCCAAGCUCAGCUCGCCCAGUGAGCAGCACCAUGGACACAGGCUCUGGGCUAAUGAAACCCUCCACCACAGGCCCUCAGGGCUCGAGGCUCAAAGAGCCGGGCUCAGGGCUUGGCUCUGGAACAGGUCUGAGUAAGACAGGGGGACGUGGGAUCCCAUGUCCCAGUCCAGUCAAUCAGACGGACAGAGAGAAGGAAAAAGAGAGAGCCAAAGCUAAAGCUGUAGUAUCUGACUCUGAAUGUGGAGGUGGUUCUCUGAAGGGAAGUCCUGCUCAGACGCCCUCAGAGAAUGGGGGGAAACUCCAUGGGCUGAGGCCUCCCAGCAGUGGCAAGAGCACAGAUUUGCCUUCGACCAACACUCACAGGUUGUCUGGCGUGCGCAGCCUGGCAAAGCCUCCAUCCAUGGCCCAACUUGACAAGCUGAACUCCAAUAGUCUGGAUGUGGAGAUUCAGGACUCCCUGCCUCCUAAGAUUCCUCCAUACUCGAAGCUUCAAGACCUCUCUAGCUCUACAGGCAGCUCCGCUAACCCCUGCCUGACCCCCAGUCCCGCCCCUUUACUCAAUGUGAACUCUUCGGCCUGUUUUUCCAGCCCAGGCAUGGGGUUGGGACCGAGGCAAGUCACCUCCCUGGGAGUUGCGAGUGAAGGUAGCACCUCUCCCCUGCUCUACCCUCGUAUGUCUGGGUUGCAUCGCAGCAUGGAGUCUCUACCGCUCCCGAUGAGUCUGGCCCCAGAGCCCCAGGAGAGAGAGAAGAACAGGGGGAGGGAGAGUUUGGUGAGAGGCUACACCACCAUCGAGUCCCGGGACAAGGAUAGACAGGAAGACAGGGGCCCUCCUUCCAGCUGGAGCUCUGGAAGUAAAGUCUCAGUGGGUCUCAACGACAGUUCUCAGAGAGACAGAAACACACUGCCAAAGAAAGGUUUAAGUUUCAGCAGUGCCUCCCAGGUUGAGGAAGAGGGGAAGGAGAAAGGAGAGAGGAGGCACUCCCACACUGUUCUCAGUAUGACCGACUCCCUCACACUUCCACUGCUGUCCUCUCCCACCUCCCUGCCCCGGACCUCUACAACCAGUAUGGUACCCAGCCCUGUCGGUGGACCUCCGAGGAUGACUCGAUCCAACAGCAUCCCAACGCACGAUGCCUCUAUGGAGCUGUACGGGGCGUCGCCGCUGGGUAGCACUCUGUCGCUGGCUGAACGUCCCCGCAGCAUGGGAAUGGUUCGCUCCGGAUCCUUCAGGGACAGGGAGUCCAAUGACGAAGUUCAUGGGUCUGUGCUCUCCCUGGCAUCCAAUGCCUCGUCAACCUACUCUUCGGCUGAGGAAAGGAUUCAGGGAGAGCAAAUCCGCAAGCUGAGGAGAGAGCUGGAAUCGUCCCAGGAGAAGGUGUCUAACCUGACCACACAGCUGACGGCAAAUGCAAAUCUUGUGGCCGCCUUUGAGCAAAGUUUGGCACUGAUGACAACUCGGCUGCAGACUCUGUCAUUAAGCCAUGAACAAAAGGACUCAGAGCUGGGGGAGCUGCGGGAGACUAUUGAGGUUCUGAAGGCGAGAAAUGAAGAAGCGCAGGCUGUCAUACACGGAGCCUUAAACGCCCCAGAUAACAUGAAAGACGUGCGUAUUCGACGUCAGAACUCCUGUGAGAGCAUCUCCAGUCUGAACAGUUUGACCAGUAUGUCGAGUGUAGGCAGCCUGAAGGACCAAGAUGCCAAGAAGAAGAAGAAAAAGAGCUGGCUGAGGAGCUCCUUCAACAAGGCAUUCAGCAUUAAGAAAGGCUCCAAAACCUACUCCGACAUUGAGGAAAUCGCCACCCCAGACUCCUCAGCACCCAACUCCCCAAAAAUGCCUCAUGAAGGGGGAGAGGGAGAAGAGAAUCAGCCUUCAUGCCUCAAAACCUCAGCCUCUGCCACCUCUUCUGUGAUCAUGGAAACUACAGAGGAGGGAGACAACGAGGAAACGGCAGUAUCAGACUUACGCUCAGAGCUGUGGGAGAAAGAGAGGGCGCUGACGGACAUCCGACUAGAGGCCUUAAACUCUGCACAUCAGCUGGAGCAGCUCAGAGAAGCCAUGAACAACAUGCAGUCAACGGUGGAGAACCUGAAAGCGGAAAAUGAUCAUUUGAAAACCGGGAGUCAGCUCCACCUCCCUAGUUCGGGUCCCACCUCCUCCACCUCCCAGCCUUCAGGCCUAGCCUCUCUCCUGGGGCCCUCACUGAGGCAGCCAAUGUCUAUGUCCCUCACCAAGUCCUUCAGCCUCAGCCUGAAUGAUUGUAAAGAUCCAGAAGUGUGUCCCGGUGACAUGCUCAGUGUGUCCUCCCAGCGUGAUGAAGUAUGCGCACAAGUGCUGGUUCGCAUUGGAGACCAAGCAGAGGACAGUAAACAGCAACACGAAUAUUAUCUGGGUUCAGUUCUGGUCAGUGCCAGGACUGACUGGGCCUGUCUCGACUCCCUCAUAACUAAGACCUUUAAAGACUAUUUAACUCAAGUGGACCCGACAUCCAGCCUCGGUCUGACCUGCGAUUCCCUGCACAUGUACCAGCUGACCCAGGGAGGGCAGAGGGUGAUGGGAGGGGACAAACCCCAAACGUCACCUUAUCGAUGCCUUGGCAAUGUUCCCGCUCAUAUUAUUGUCACCUUAAAAGGUCUCAGAGAAAAAUGUGUUGACUCGCUGGUAUUCGAGACUCUGAUUCCAAAGCCCAUGAUGCUGCACUACAUCAGCUUGCUGAUGAAGCACAGGCGUCUUGUUCUGUCCGGGCCCAGCGGGACGGGAAAGACUUACCUAGCUCAACGUCUGGCCCACUACCUCCUGCAGCGCAGCCGGACCGACUCAUCUGAGGCCGUCCAUGAGCCGUGCCUCCUGGGUCGAAGCGCUGCUGUCACAUUCAACAUGCACCGCCAGUCGCAAAAGGACUUGCAGUUGUAUCUGUCAAAUCUAGCGAAUCAGAUUGACACAGAGAGCGGAGGAGAACUGCCGCUGGUUGUUAUCAUAGAUGACAUUAGCGACUCAGCGGCCAUCACUGAGCUGGUUAAUGGAGCGCUCACCUGCAAGUAUCACAAAUGUCCUUAUAUUAUUGGAACAACCAAUCAGCCUGCGAAGAUGUCAUCUAACCACGGGCUGCACCUCAGCUUCAGGAUGGUGAUAUUUUCCAACAACGUGGAGCCGGCAAAUGGGUUCCUGCUGAGGUACUUGCACCGUAAAGCUGUAGAGGCCUACCAGGAGGAGGAGCAAGACUCGGCCCGGCACCAGGCUCUCCUCCGUGUUCUCGACUGGAUACCUCAGCUCUGGUAUCACCUGCACGCGUUCCUGGAGAAACACAGCACCUCAGAUUUCCUCAUAGGUCCCUGCUUCUUCCUGUCAUGCCCAGUGUCAGUUGCAGAGUUUAGGCAGUGGUUCAUUGACCUGUGGAACCACUCCAUCAUACCGUACCUGCAGGAGGGAGCCAAAGACGGCAUCAAGGUGCACGGGCACAAAGCAGUAUGGGAGGACCCAGUUGAGUGGGUUAGAGGCACCCUCCCUUGGCCCAACGCACAGCAGGACCAGUCCAGGCUCUUUCAUCUACCUCCUCCCAGCAUAGGUCCACUUAGCGAGGAGAAGAAGCCCCCCAAAGAUACACCUCCACCCAGCACACUGGAGUCAGACCCACUGAUGGCCAUGCUGCUGAAACUCCAGGAGUCAGCCAACUAUAUAGAGUCUCCAGAGAGGGAAGGCAGUCUGGAUCCCACUCUGCAAGCUACUCUCUGAUCUGUCUGUCAAUAAAGCUAAGGAACUAUGGACUCCACAUUAUGGCUGACACGAGUGCAGCCCCCACGAGAAUUCAGUGACUCAAUAAUGAACUUUAUGGUGUGCUCAGUGAGCAGUCCUAAAGCUAAAUGUAAAGGAUCUACAGAAAGAUAGAGUGAUUAUGGACAAAGGGUUUGCUCUGCCCUGCUAUCAGAACAUUGGAAAGACAAUUAAACUGCUCUCAUAGGAAGCUGUGAUGAUCAAGUCAGGGAAAGACGUCGACUUGUCUUCUCUCUGCCCUCAGUUUGUCCCAGAUGGGUUGUUGUUGACUCUGCAAGUGCAUGGUGACCGGAAUAGUUUGAUGCAAAAUAUUACCUAUAGUCCUGUUGAUCAAGACCCAUUUCUUUCCUUUUCUUUUAUUUUUUCUUUCACUGUCCCAUCCUUCACUUCAAAUAUUGGUGCUUACAGGUUUUCUUUGAGGCCACAUACUUCAUUUAAGAAAAAAGAAAAGCAACACAGCGUGACUCCUCUAGCAGUAGAACCAUCACUCGACAGCAGCUAAAAUGCACUUUAUUUUUUACUUGUGAUAAUUGGAUUUUAGGAGGCUGUGUCGAUAGGUGAUGUGUAUCAAAUAGGGGACCAUCAGUUUGGCCAAGCCAUGCAGUUCACGAUUAAAUCCUGUAGAUGGCAGCAACGAUUCCUGCCUCAGUGCUCUUUUGGUGCAUUCAGUUUUAUCCAAGGUGCUCAGUAGAAUCUACCACACACUCAGAAACUACUAUGAACAUGGCCUUGAAUGUUUUCUUCUUCUUAGUUUAGCCAGUUUUGUAAAUUUAUCACAGAGCAAAUAUCAGAACUGUGAAGCUGUAGGAGUGACAUGCAUGGGCAAAUAAUGAAAUGAAUCCGUUUGAAUCAAAAAUGUCACCAUCGGUGGACUCGGUAGCCAAAGGUGUGCUGAUAUCAUAACCACAGAAACUGACAUUAACCCAGCUCAGCAUACUGUAUUGUAUACACACACACACACAUAAAAAAAUAACAAAAACUGCUUGUCUGCCAGAACAGCCUACCAUUUCUGGCUAUGCUUGCAUAUAUUCUGUAUUUAGAUGAGUUUUCAAACCAACUUCUCUUGUAAUAGCUGAGGAUACAGCUUUGAAAGUCUUGAUUUUGUAGGAUUUUGUACUGAGUCAUCUUCAAUGAUUGCCUGUAUACAGUAAAUGUCACCAACGUAUACUCGACAUGUCAUCGAGUCCGAGAGGCAUUAACAGCACCGUCAUGACCGUUUCCGUCAAUUUUCAUUCAUCAUCCCGCAAGAAGAAGUAGACCCCAUUAGUUUAAAAAAAAAGAGAAAUGUACAAGUAACAUUUUCCUUCCUUUUUGCAUUUCCUUUUUAUAUCUUUGAUAACUUUUUCAAAUUGCAGAUCAGUUUCCUUCUCAUGCAUUUUUUGGCUUCCUCCCAUUCCUUUCUUUCAUUGAUUUGCACAUAGAAUAUGUUAGAAAGUAGUGGAUUACAGUAUUUAUUGCUCACAUCUUGACUGUUAUUGCGACGAAGGAAGAACGUUUAAAAAAGUUGCGCAAGAGAAGGAAACUGUAGGUAGUGGAGAUACUCUCCAACCUCUCAGCCCCUCCACCCUGAAGUACCUCAGACUGCCAUAUUCUGUCCAGAUGUUUCUCUACUUUCCGAUGAAGGUGCUGGUGUAAAGUAGAGACAUGAUGCCUAAGUCUACCUGUGCCUGAAACACAAUUUGGCCUAAAGCUGCUUCGGCGCUGCUUUAAUCUACCACGCGGAGGCCUCGAUUUUAGAGGAAACACGAUUACUUCCUCUGACCUACUCUGAUGUCACUUUAAUGUCAUCACCUCGAUGCCCAGGUUUUGGGUGUAGAGUGGGUUAUCGGUUUCGACGGGGUAGUCAUCAUGACAAGCUGUUGGUAAAGAUGACGUGUGUGUUGGAUAACUCUGCAGUGAAUGUGUAUCGUGACGUGGCUGCUAGUGUGCCGUUUGACACCAUUUUAAACUUAAGCGUGACGUCACUGAGGAGUCGCCCGAGAGCGGAAGAGCAGAAAUCAUCGUGGAGAUGUCGGUGCAUGUAUCCCCGGUGUGUUCCCAAAGUUUGCUUUUCAUUGGACCUACCACGCUUAAACCUUACCAUGGGAGGGAUUUUUAAUAACUGGACAUCUUCCUCUUUUCGCAUUGAUUUUAAAGAGCAGAUGUGGGUUUUUUUUGUUUUCUUAUGCAAAUAUUUGUAAAGGUUUCUUCCUCUUUUGUACAUGGCAUCACUAUUGUAAACACUGUAAAUAGUCACUGCAUCUGCGACAACAAUCACUAAAGAGAGAUCUAAGAGAAAGCUUGGCCCCCCUGUAUGCAGAAAAUGAGCAUCCUCCUGUGGUUUUAUUGUCUUCCUCCUGCAGGAAGGAGCACUUGGCUGAAAAAGUGGGCUUCAUAAUGGUUGUAUGGCAUGUCUCUAUAGCCACAUCAAAUCCCAUAUGUCUAACAUUGAGCAAUGGACACAAUAAAGUCAUGCCAUUCUUCACAUCA